UUGUUUUGCAAACACUUCCUGUUGAGAACCGAAUGGAAAAGUGGAUAGUUAAAACUUGCAAUUCUCCCAUUUUUGUAGGAAAAGAUAUAUUUAGCUAAUAUUGGCUUCGAUGUGGACAUGUUGUGUUCAAAUGUUAUGAUGGGUUGAUAAUAAAUUAUGCCCAAACAUAUCCAUAUGUUCAUAGUUGAAGGGCUGCCCCUCGUCCAGAGGAACCGGAAGUAGGUCGUGGCAAACAUGAAGUGACGAAAUCACAACAAUGCUGUCUCUUUUCAUGCAGAAAUAUGUCAGUCUGGUAUCCCAGUGGGCCAGUUUACUGGUUGUCUCAGGGGUGUUCUUUGUUAUCUCAUUCACUGUGGUCCUGAUCCUGCUGAGAUUGUGGGUGAGAUGGAGGGCUAAGUCCUUGUUGCCACACUUGAGGCAAGACAGCCAGGGGAGACGACUGGUGACAGUGGGAUUCUUCCACCCCUACUGCAAUGCUGGGGGUGGUGGGGAACGAGUGCUCUGGGUGGCCAUCAAGGCAUUGCAGAAGAAACACUCCAAUGUUAGCUGUAUCGUGUACACCGGUGAUAUUGAUGCCAAACCAGAGGAAAUUCUGGCUCGAGCCAGACAAAGAUUUAACAUUGUGUUACCCAUACCCAUAGACUUUGUGUACCUUAGAAGACGACAGUGGGUUGAAGCCUGUAAAUACCCAUAUUUCACACUGCUUGGACAAAGCCUAGGCUCUCUGUAUUUAGGAUGGGAGGCGUUAAUGAACUUUGUACCUGACCUGUACAUUGACAGCAUGGGCUAUGCCUUUACAGUGCCAUUGUUUAAAUACUUUGGUGGCUCCAAGGUGGCAUGUUAUGUACAUUAUCCGACAAUCUCCACAGAUAUGUUACAGAAGGUGACAGACAGAACUCAGUCAUUCAACAAUGCAAAUUUUAUUGCCAGAAGUUCGUUUCUCAGCAACUUCAAGCUGAUGUAUUACAGAAUAUUUGCAUAUAUGUAUGGUGUUGCGGGGAAGAGGAACGACGUGGUGAUGGUCAACUCGACAUGGACGUUCAACCACAUUCAGGCUUUGUGGUCAGCUGGAAAUAUAACGCAUAUAGUUUAUCCUUCAUGUGAUGUCUCCGAGUUUGUGAAAAUACCGUUAGAAAAGUCUUUUGCUUCUAAAGAAAGGACUAUGGUCUCAGUAGCACAGUUCAGGCCCGAGAAAAAUCAUUCCUUGCAGGUGAAAUCCUUUGCUAAAUUUCUGAAGACAGUGGAUGGAGAUAAGGGGGUGUAUAGGCUGGUGCUUGUGGGUGGGUGUCGGAACGAGGGGGACUCCGAACGGGUGGAGGCAUUGAGGGAACUCUGUAGAGAACUGGAGGUGGAAAGCUCGGUGGACUUCAAACUCAAUGUCAGCUUUGAUGAGCUGAAGAGCUGCAUGGCGUCGGCGGUGCUUGGCCUUCACAGCAUGUGUGAUGAACAUUUUGGCAUAGGUGUUGUGGAGCUCAUGGCAGCUGGGACGGUCAUUGUUGCUCACAACUCAGGUGGGCCGAAACUGGACAUCGUUGUUCCAUUCAACGAGGAGCCUACAGGUUUCUUGGCUGAUGAUGAGGAGUCCUAUGUCAGCGCCAUGACGACAGUGCUGAAUAUGUCUGAUGAUGACAGGUUCAGGGUACGGAGCAUGGCUAGACAGUCAGUGUCUCGCUUCUCUGAUGAACAUUUUGACGAGUCCUUCCUUGCUGUUGUGGAUCCGGUGUUGAAAUCCAUCGAAGGCAAUGGUGGUAAAUAAGGCCACAAUAAAUUAUUUGUGGAUUUCCAAUCCAAAUGUUAAAAUGUGGGGGGAUGAGGCAUCAUGUUUGUUUUAUUUCUGGUCGAUGGUCAAGGCAUCUGUGCUCAUGUACAUUCAACUGAUGUGAUUCACUUGAAGCAUGAAUGCUUCAUAGGGGACAACGUUAUUGUUGUGUCUGAGGACAAUGUCAAAUUAUUUGUGUAAGUGAUCACAAUAUCGACAUUGUUUGUUUCGUCUGAUGAUGGUAUGGCGAUUGUGAUUUCUGAUUAUUAUAUGAACAUUGUCUAUUAAGUCUGAUGACAGUGUGAACAUUCUGAGCAUCAAAAUCUGUUAUUUUUGCCUUUGUUGACAUGUGUGUGAAUAAAAGAGUUAUAUAUAAUUGUUUACAACAAUA